AUGCGCAACUUCUUUGCAGCUGCCUUUGUGCUGCUGACAUUGACCGGCUCCGGCCUGGGUCUCAGCGUUAGCACCGAUGCGACCUGCGGCGGAAACACAGACAAGACGUGCCUUGGAUCCGUUUUCGGCAACUGCUGUUCUCAGUAUGGAUAUUGCGGCAGCACGACGGACCACUGUAGUGGAGGAUGUCAAGCCGGUUUCGGCUCCUGCUCUUCUAGCGGCGGCGGCGGUCAGCCUCAGCCUACACCUGUCCUGAAGGCAUCCUCCGAUGGCACCUGCGGAGGCAGCACCGGCUCUACCUGCGCCGGCUCUACUUUUGGCAACUGCUGCUCUCAGUACGGUUACUGUGGAAGCACCGAUGCCCACUGCAGUGGAGGCUGCCAGGCUGGUUUCGGCUCCUGCUCCUCGGGCGGCGGCGGCGGUGGUGGCAGCCAGCCUGCACCGGUCCUGAAGGCCUCCUCCGAUGGUGCAUGUGGUGGCAACACUGGCUCUACGUGUGCUGGGAUGACGCCUAUUGCGGUCAGGGCUGCCAAGCUGGAUUCGGCAAUUGUGGUUCUAGCCAGCCGUCUGGAACUUCUACUCCUACUGGAUCUCAAUCACAAACUCACGCAACCUCCUUCUCUCACAUCAUCCGCAUCACUCAAACCCGUUUCAACCAGCUCGACUGACAAAUUGCCCGACAGCACCUCGACACCCACCCCGACUUCGACUCCAACCCAGCUUGCCGCUUGUCUCUCAGCAGCAAACGUGCCCGCCAUCUAUCCAGGUUCUUCCGACUACAACAAGCUUGCCAAGCCGUACAAUAUUCGCCUUCCCUUCAAGCCGGCAGUCAUCGUCCUCGCCACCACAGUUCAGCAUGUUCAAACUGCAGUCAAUUGUGCCAGAGAUGCCAAGAUCAAGGUCCAGGCCAGGAGUGGUGGCCAUUCGUAUGCCGCCUUUGGGCUUGGUGGUCAGGAUGGAUCAAUGAUGGUGGAUUUACAAGGAAUGCAGACCAUUUCCGUCGAUUCCAAAAACGUUGCCAAGGUGGGCGGUGGCGUGAGGCUGGGGAACCUGGCCAACACGCUGUACAGCCAGGGCAAGCGUGCCGUAUCUCACGGUACCUGCCCCGGCGUUGGGAUCGGCGGUCACUUUACUCAUGGCGGCUUUGGUUACAGCUCGCGGGCGUGGGGUCUCGCGCUGGAUCACAUCACCCAGCUCGAGGUCGUUACCGCAGACGGCAAGGUUGUCAUGGCUAGUGCGACACAGAACGCCGACCUCUUUUAUGCCAUGCGUGGCGCCGCCGAGUCGUUUGGCAUCAUAACGACUUUCUACCUCAGGACCGAGGCCGCCCCUACAAAUGUGGUCAACUGGGCGUUUGGUUUUGCGAACCAGUUCGGCAACCCCUCGGUCGGCGCCAAAACCAUGCUGCGCAUCCAAGACUUUGCUCGCAACGCCACGGUCAUCAACCGCAAGAUCGGAAUGGGAGUCUAUCUGGACGGUGAGACCUUUAGCUUUAGCGGCACCUACUUUGGCAGCCUGGCCGACUUUAACAGCAAGAUCAAGCCCGAGCUCCUCCGCGGCAUGCCCACGCCGGCCUCGCAGAGCGCCAAGUCCGUCAGCUGGAUCGAGAGCCUCACGAUGCUUUCGGGCAAGACUAGCAUCGUCGAGUCGACACAGACAGGCGCCUAUGACGAGCACGACAACUUCCUGGCCAAGUCGCUUGUCGUGCCCGAGUCGUCGCCCAUCACAACCGAGGCUAUGAACUCGUUCUUUCAAACCAUCAAGGACAAGUCCGCCGCGGCAGGGGCGUCUUGGUACACGAUUUUCAACCUGUACGGCGGCCCCGACUCGCAGAUCAAUGCCGUGUCGGCCGCGAGCUCGUCCUACUCUGACCGGUCCGCGCUGUGGGUCAUCCAAAACUACGGCUUCGCCAGCCAAGACACGAACCCGUUCCCUCUCGGCACGGUGCAGACGUACCUGUCCGCGCUCAACUCGGCCCUGCAGCUUAGGAGCACUGCUGGGUUCGGGGCGUACCUCAACUACGUCGACCCCACGCUCUCGGCUGAUCAGGCUCACGAUCUCUACUACGGGAAGGAGACGUACGCCAAGCUUCAGUCGAUCAAGAGAGCUGUGGACCCCAGUCAGGUGUUUUGGAACCCGCAGGCCAUCACUAUUUGA